AUGGUACAACCAACAACAACAGCAGCAGCAACAACAACAACAACAGCAACAACAGAUUACAUAGAGAAUGAUGAUUCAAUAAUUAGCCAAUCACAAUCAUCAUUUGUAUCAUCGGUAUCAUCGACUCCAACAUGGACAUUUUCAGUUACUAAUCAACAAAAUUCAAACAAUAAUAAUAAUAAUAAUUUAAGUAAUAAUAAAAAUAAUAAUAUACCAAUAAUAGCGUCAACUAGAAAGAUAGAAAUAGUAGAUAAUUUUGAAAACAAAGAUAAAGAAAAAGAAGACAAUCAAUACGAUGAUGAUAAUGACAAUGAUAAUGAUGACGAUAAUAAAGAAUCAAUAGAAAUUUCAGAAAAGAAUAUUAAAGUUGAAAAAAUAGCAUUAUCAAAGAAAAUUAUAAAUGGUUUAAAAUAUUGUGGUAAAAGAGUAAUAAGAUUUAAACCAUUAACAUGGGUAAAAAUUUUUAUUUUAAUCUGUAUGAUUACUUUAAUAUGUGUUGUUGUAUUCAAAUUUAAACUUCAAGAUCAUUUCAAAGAAUAUUUAAAAAACCUUCAAGAUUACGUCGAUAAAGAAAAACAUGGUUAUCUCAUUGGUGGUUUCAUAUAUAUGGGUGCUUUUAUGUGUUUAAUUAUAUUUUUAAUACCUGUAACCAUUCCAACAGUUUUAGGUGGAGCAAUAUUUGGAUUUUGGUAUACAUUAUUAUUUGUAUGGACAGCAUCAAUGGUUGGAGGAUGUAUUUCAUUUUUAAUUGGUAGAUUCUUAUUAAGAGGAAGUAUAUCAAGAAUGGUAGCAAAGAGUAAAAGGAUGACAGCAGUUGAUCAAGCGGUUGCACAAGAAAGUUUUAAAAUAGUUUUAUUAUUACGUUUUACACCAAUAGUUCCAGAGAGUAUAUUAAAUUAUGCAUUAUCAGUUGCAAAGAUAUCAGUAGCACGUUAUUUAAUUUGUACAGCGAUUGGCUUAUUACCUGGUACUUCAUUUUUCAUUUAUCUAGGUGCUGUUGUAAUUGGUUCAAUACCUAAAUUUGAAAAGGAUGGUUUAGAUCUUGGUAAGGGUACAAUUGUACUCUAUGCAAUUAGUGGUGCUUUAAUGCUCAUAAAUAUGAUUAUAAUUAGUGUAGUUGUUAAAAAAGCUGUUCAAAAGAAAUUAAAAGAACAAGAAACUAUAAAUGAAGAAAAAGAUAAAAGAAAAGAAAAAAGAAAACAAGAAAGAAAACAAAAAAGGUCAAAUAAUAAUACUAUUAAUAAUGAUGACGAAGAUGAUGAAGAUGAUGAAGAUCAAGAUGAAGAAGAAUCAAUAGGAGAUGAUAAUACACCUUUACUUGGUAAAGAUUCAUCUGAUAAUCUUGAAAAUCAAUCAUUCUUUUCAAAGUUAAAAAGAUUUAUUUCAAAAAUAUAA